AUGGCUUCUCGGCGCCUAGCUUUCAACCUUAACCAGGCUCUGAAGAGCCGUGCGGCUCUGAAGUCCAUUCAGCCCGUGAAGCGUGGUUUUGCUUCGCCCGUUACAUUGCCCUCUACCACCCAGUCCACCACCCUCUCCAACGGAUUCACGAUCGCCACUGAGCACUCACCAUGGGCUCAGACCUCUACUGUCGGUGUCUGGAUUGAUUCCGGUAGCCGGUCAGAGACUGACAAGACCAACGGAACCGCCCACUUCCUUGAGCACCUUGCCUUCAAGGGCACCAACAAGCGCUCGCAGCACCAAUUGGAGCUUGAGAUUGAGAACAUGGGCGCUCACCUUAACGCCUACACCUCGCGCGAGAACACCGUCUACUACGCCAAGUCCUUCAACGCCGAUGUCCCCAAGGCCGUCGACAUUCUCUCCGAUAUUCUCCAGAACUCUAAGCUCGAGGCCGGUGCCAUCGAGCGCGAGCGCGAUGUCAUCCUGCGCGAGCAGGAGGAGGUUGACAAGCAGCUUGAGGAGGUUGUCUUCGACCACCUUCACGCCACCGCUUACCAGGGCCAGCCCCUCGGCCGCACCAUCCUCGGUCCCAAGGAGAACAUCCAGACCAUCACCCGUGAAAACCUGACCGACUACAUCAAGACCAACUACACUGCUGACCGCAUGGUUCUUGUUGGUGCCGGUGGUAUCCCCCACGAGCAGCUUGUUCGUCUUGCUGAGGAGCACUUCGGUAGCCUCCCCAGCAAGGCCCCUACUUCCGCUGCUCAGGCCCUCACUGCCGAGAUGAAGCGCACCCCCGAGUUCAUUGGCUCUGAGGUUCGUCUCCGUGACGACACCAUCCCCUCUGCUCACAUUGCUCUCGCCGUUGAGGGUGUUAGCUGGAAGGAUGAUGAUUACUUCACUGCCCUUGUUGCCCAGGCUAUUGUUGGUAACUGGGACCGUGCUAUGGGCCAGUCUUCUUUCCUUGGCAGCAAGCUCAGCUCCCACGUCAGCCACCACGGCCUCGCUAACAGCUUCAUGAGCUUCUCCACCAGCUACAGCGACACUGGUCUCUGGGGUAUCUACCUUGUUUCCGAGAACCUGACCAACCUUGAUGACUUGAUCCACUUCACUCUCCGUGAGUGGACUCGUCUGUGCAGCGAGGUCAGCCCUGCUGAAGUUGAGCGCGCCAAGGCUCAGCUCAAGGCUUCCAUCCUCCUCUCCCUUGACGGCACCACCGCCGUUGCCGAGGACAUUGGUCGCCAGAUCAUCACCACCGGCCGCCGCCUCAGCCCCGAGGAUGUUGAGCGUGUUGUCAGCCAGAUCACCUCGAAGGACAUUAUGGACUUCGCCACCCGCAAGCUGUGGGAUCAGGACGUUGCCAUGAGCGCCGUCGGUAGCAUCGAGGGUGUCCUUGACUACCAGCGCAUCCGCUCUGACAUGUCCCGCAACCUGUCUUAA